CUCCGACUUCCAUCUUCCAUGUCACACUCCGCACUCUCUCUCUCUCUCUCUCUCUCUCUCUCCAGACUCGGUCACCUGCGACGAGCACGAAGACAGUAAGCCCUAGUAGAACGAGGCUGAAGGCUUCAUUUUUUCCCACAAUUGUCUCGUCAAAAAGAGCCUGCUGUUCUUUCGCCGUGCGAAGCGGUCGAGAGAAUUGGAAGAAAGAUUGUAUUUUCGAUUGUGGGUAUUUUCCUCUUCCUCGUGCUGUGCGUUGGGUUGUUCUGUUUAUGGUCUCUUAGGUUGUUGUCGGGUCGUAUCACGCGAAAGCUAGUGGCUAGAGUGAACCUGCAUGCUGUUAGUAUGUGACUGAAGGCUUCAUUUUUUCCCACAACGAAGCCGAUCGAUGCCAGCCCUCCCGUUUGGGAUGCGCCUUCUCUUUAAGCUUGUCUCAUCCGAAAGAGUCUACUGCUCUUUCGCCGUGUGAAGCGGUUGAGAGAAUUGAAAGAAAGAUCGUAUUUUCAAUUGUGGGUAUUUUCCUCUUCUUCGUAUUGUGCAUUGGUUUGUUCUGUUUAUGGUCUCUUAGGUUGUUGUUGGAUCGUAUUACGUGAAAGCUAGAGACUAGAGUGAGCCUGUAUGCUCUUGGUAUGUGACCGAGUUAUUUAGUGUUAACAGUUGAGGAGACACCGUGAUUCCAUAUGGAUUUGAACUCGGAUGAAGUGAAAUGCGUGGAUGACAACAGAGGCUUGGUUUUUGUCGAAAAAGAGUUGGAAGCAUGUACGCUUAGUGCAGUUGCGGAUAUGGGUGAGAGUGUUGAAGAGAGAAUUGCGAGGUUGGAAUUGGAGAACCAGAAAUGGAAGAGUGAUUAUGAAGCGCUCAAGGAAAAAUUCAAGGCAUUAGAAUCUGAAAAGCAGGCUGUUGAGCGUGAAGUUGGGGUUUUGAAGCAAAACAACAGUGAGAUCAAGGAACAAAUUUCAGGUUUCGAAUGCAAUAAAGGUUGUAAAAGCGAUAAAACUAACGAUGCAGGGGUGAAGAAGUUUGUUGACUUGGUAGAGGAGCAUGAAGAAGAAGAUAAGUUUGUCCAGCUUAUGAUUGAGAACAGGAUUCUUGAAUGUGAGAAGAACAAGGCUGAAAGAGAUCUAAAGGUUUUGAGACAAAGCCUCCAGGAACUGGAGUCACGGGUUUUACAGAUGGAGGCUAACUCUAAGUCAGUGGCACAAGCUGGGCAUCGCCUUUUCAGUGGAAGCAAAAUGGGAGUUGAACUUCCUAAUGAUCUUGCACAUGGUGUGAGCAGAAGAAAGGAAAUGGACAAUCCCAAGGAGUCAUGUGGUGGACAUGGGGAUGCACAGAUGGUGGAUUUGGUUGAUGGAGGCUCUGGUAGCAAACUAUGUGGUACUCCUCUAAACUUUACAAUGCAAAGUAACUUGUGUGAUGCUAAAGGUGAAAAAGAAGUUGCAUGCCUACAGUAUGGCAGGAGAGCUAGGAAAAAGUUACUAUUCAAAGAGGAGGAAAGCCCCAGCAGAAAAAUGGCCCCAUCUGCUGCUGGAGUUGCCAAACCCCACACUGCUGCUGGAGUUGCUGAACCCCACACUGUUGGCAUUAUUGACAUCCAUGAUAGUGAUGAAGAAGAAGAUAAAACUAACAACGAAACGUAUGGUGUUAACAAUCAGGAAAAUUCAAAGGGUUUGGAUUUAGAUUACCGCUCAUAUAAGGGGAUUCUAGAGGGUGGGAAAGCAAUGACUAUUGAGAACAGUGCAAGGACCUGUCACGAAGAGGACUACCAUGACAGUAUAGCUGGUGAUGAAGAUAACUCCACUGUACUGACUCCAAAAAGGAAACGGGCUUCUAAUGUUAUUGAGACUGAUAGUGAGAGUGGUGACGAUGACUGUGUUCCAAUAGGUAGCCUAAAGAGGAUGCAUCUUCAGGAAUUAUAUAAAGCUGGUGACACCACUUCUGAAAUGAAUCGGUGCCAAACAGCUAAUGCUUCUCCAGACAAACAGGUCAAACAUGCCCAGACCAGGCAGCACCUAAUGACAUUGAGGGAACAUGUCACCACUUCAGAAAUGAAUCGGUGCCAAACAGCUAAUGCUUCUCCAGACAACCAUGUCAAACAUGCCCAAACCCCCAUGAGGCGGCAUCUAAUGACAUUGAGGGAACGUGAGGCUAAAGCCAAGGCAAAACGAAAACCAUCCAGUAGAGCUCAGCAUCAUCCUGCAGGCCCUACCACCGGAGAUGCUGAGGGUGAGGAUUCUGAAGAUUUUGGAUUAGACAGUGAUAACGACAGCUUGAGCAGCUUUAUAGUUGAUGAUUCUGAUGUUUCUCGGGUCAAUGAUGCUUCUGAUGGGGAUGAUGCUUCUGAUGUGGAUGAUGCUUCUGGCCAGUCAGAAGAUACAUCUGAUGGUGAAACAGGCUUUGGCGAGAUUUUAUCGAGAAUUAAAAGAAGCAAAGAUCAUAAGUCUGAGUGGAAAUUUGAGGCAGACAUGCUUGCAGCAUUUGGUAAGGAACCUGAAUUAUGCAUGAAAGCUGUAUGUGCUCUCUAUCGACAGCAGACUGCUGAUGAGAGAAUUAGUAAGGAAGCAUUUUACAGCAAUCAACGUGGGUUUAGCAAGUUUGAUGCACCCAGGGGCUGCGCUCUGGGUGAGUUUCUUACCGAAGGAGAUACAUCUGGUGGCCUAAGAAAGUCAGUUGAGGAGUUGCAGGAGCAUGACCCUGAAGCAUUAGAUCUCUGCCGAAAAUUGGCUGAUCACUACUCUAAACAGCUGUUUCAGAUCUACAAGAACAAUGAGGACCCUUUUUUCUUUCCUUCUUGAAGCCUGUUUGAAUGCUAAUGAUGAAGUUAGAGGACAUCUUGCCGUCUGGACAAAGAUUUUUGUAACUAUUUGUGCUUUGAGUUGAACCACAGUGCGAGUCUUGUGGAAAUUAGAUGGAUAUGUAUAGGUUAGAUAUUUGCUUUAAAAAGCAUAGGGGCUUGUAUAUGUGCCGUGUCAUGUAUAGCGGAAGUUGACGGCGUGGUUGUAUCAAUGUCGUAUGUAUGCAGUUUGCUGAUUAACGAAGGCAGUAGCUUUUCUCGUCCA